GAAGAGGAAGAAAUGCAAGGGGCACGGGCUUGUUGCUUUCAUUUAAAAUAGAAAAAAAUGGAGAAGCGAGAAGUCUAGGCUGAGAGGUAAAAAUCCGAGGACAAACAGAAACACACGCUUUGAAAAGAAGGUAAAAGACUAAAACAAACCAUGACUCCAUGGAGAAAGACCACCAUAGAGCGAUUUGGUGUUGUAAAAUGGAAUUUUGUGGGAUCUGGAGAGAAGCAACUUUCUCUGGAGGUAGGGGAUUUGGUAUACAUCCAGGAGGUCUGUAAUGGCUGGUACAGAGGCCACUUGGCAAAAAGUAAAGCCCAAAAGGGAGUCUUUCCUGUCAGUUUUGUCCAUCUCAAGGAAGUUUACAUUGAAAAACGAGAAAAUGAAGAAGUGGUGACAGUUGCAGAGAUGCCCUUGGUGAAGGAGGUCACCACCACAUUAAGGGAAUGGGGGACCAUAUGGAAGCAGCUAUUUGUGACCAACAAACGGGCGCUUGUGAAGCAGGUGGAGAGGCUGAUGUGGGAGCUGAUGGAGUGGCGUUCUCAGCUCCUGUCAGGAACCCUGCCUAGUGAUGAAUUCAAGGAGCUCAAGCAGAAAGUCACUUCCAAGAUUGAUUAUGGCAACAAGAUCCUGGAGCUGGACCUUGUUGUUCGUGAUGAAGAUGGUAACAUCUUGGACCCAGAGCGAGCAAAUGUUAUUAGCCUCUUCAGGGCGCACGAGGAGGCCACAGUCAAGAUCAAUGACCGCAUAAAGGAGGAACAGUCCAACGUUCAGACAGACCACAGCGGGAUUUCAGCUCGAAUCCAGUCCUCCCCCACUCACAGCCUUUACGUCUUUGUCAGAAACUUUGUCUGCCGGAUCGGGGAAGACUCAGAGCUCUUUAUGUCUCUGUAUGAUCCUAUCAAACAGAAAAUCAUCAGUGAGAACUACUUGGUUCGUUGGGGCAGCAAAGGUUUCCCCAAAGAGAUUGACAUGCUGAACAACUUGAAGGUUGUCUUUACAGAUUUGGGGAACAAAGACCUGAACAGGGAGAAAAUUUAUCUGAUUUGUCAGAUAGUGAGAGUGGGCAGGAUGGACUUGAAAGAAAUCAACAACAAGAAGUGCACUCUGGGUCUGAGGAGGCCUUUUGGGGUGGCAGUGAUGGACAUAACAGACAUCAUCAAAGGGAAGCUCGAGUGUGAUGAGGAGAAGCAGUUUUUCAUUCCCUUCUUCCCAGUGGUUGCCGAGAAUGACUUUCUCCACUCUUUGCUGAACAAAGUCACUGCAUCCAGAGGAGACAGUGGAGGUCAAGGUUUGUGGGUCACCAUGAAGCCUCUGGUUGGGGACAUAGUUCAGAUCCGGAAGGAAUACCCUCACCUGGUGGACCGGAGCACUGUGGUUGCCCGUAAACUGGGUUUUCCAGAGAUUAUUAUGCCAGGAGAUGUUCGAAAUGACAUUUACCUCACCAUACAGAGCGGAGACUUUGACAAGUACAACAAAACAACGCAGAAAAAUGUAGAAGUCAUCAUGUGGGUCUGUGAUGAAGAGGGCAAGGUCAUACAGAAUUCCAUCUGUCUGGGAGCCGGGGAUAAGCCGGUCAGUGAGUACAGAUCUGUCAUCUACUACCAAAUCAAACAACCUCGCUGGAUGGAGACAUUUAAGGUGGCGGUCCCUCUGGAAGAAAUGCAUAGAAUUCAUUUGCGCUUCAUGUUCAGACACAGAUCUUCCCAGGAGUCCAAGGAUAAGAGCGAGAAGAACUUUGCAAUGGCAUUUGUUCGUCUGAUGAAGGAGGAUGGGACAGUUUUACAGGACGGCCUUCACGAUCUUGUAGUUUUUAAGGGUGACAGCAAGCGCAUGGAAGACGUGAACUCCUACUUAUCCUUACCAUCGACUCGUAACCAUCACAGUGACCAGCACAAAGGGGUGGGGCUGAACCGCAGCAGCAGUAUGUCAGUGGGCGGAGGUCUUUCUGUCAGCUCCAGAGACAGCUUCACUAUCUCUACCCUGGUCUGUUCUACAAAACUCACCCAAAACGUGGGCCUGUUGGGGCUGCUCAAAUGGAGGACUAAACCCGAGUUCCUCAAAGAAAAUUUGGAGAAACUCAAAAUUAUUGAUGGAGAAGAGGUGGUCAAGUUUCUGCAGGACACGCUUGAUGCUUUGUUCAACAUCAUGAUGGAACACUCCCAGACAGACGACUAUGACAUCCUUGUGUUUGAUGCCUUGAUAUAUAUCAUCGGGUUGAUUGCUGACAGAAAAUUCCAGCAUUUCAACACUGUGCUGGAGGCCUACAUCAAGCAGCAUUUCAGCGCCACUCUGGCAUACAAGAAACUGAUGUCCGUUCUGAAGAGAUAUCUGGACGUGUCCAGUCGAGGAGAACAGUGUGAGCCUAUCCUCCGAACCCUCAAAGCCCUCGAGUACAUCUUCAAGUUCAUUGUUCGCUCACGCAUGCUUUAUUCCCAACUCUACGAGGGAAAAGAGCAGACCGAUUUUGAGGAGUCACUGAAAAGGCUUUUUGAGUCAAUUAACAACUUGAUGAGAACAGAUUACACCACCACGCUUUUGCUCAGGGUUGCAGCUCUGAAGUACCUGCCAACAGUUCUGCACGAUGUUGAGAAAGUAUUUGAUGCCAAACUCCUCAGUCAGCUCCUUCAUGACUUUUACUCCUGCAUCCCACCGGAGAAACUCCAGAAGCAGAAAGUGGCCUCCAUGACAGAGAUUGUCAGCAGCCAGCUUUUCCAGAAAAAAGAGUGCCGAGAUGUGCUGCUACCCAUGAUGCUUCGGGAGUUAGGCAAGGCUCUGGCCAGCAUGGCGGAUGGGCCCCAUGAUGAGAGGAGAAAUAGUUUGGAGCUGCUUAACAACAUUCUGGAGGUCCUCAGCAGAAACAACGUGGGUGAAACAUUCCAACACAUUCAGGACAUUGUGGUGUCUUUGCUGAGGAUCAUAAACCGGACAGUUAUCACGAUGGGUCGAGAGCAUGCGCUGAUUUCCAGAGUUGUUGCCUGCAUGACAGCGAUCCUCAGUCAGAUGGAUGAUCAUCAUUAUGCAAAGUACAUAGAAACCUUCGCUGGAAGCACUGAUCUUGUGGACUUCUUGAUGGAAUCAUUUCUACUUUUCAAAGACCUGAUUGGAAAACACGUGUAUCCCUCUGACUGGAUGGCCAUGAUUAUGGUACAAAACAGAGUGUUCCUGCGAGCCAUCAACACUUAUGCUGUCACCAUGAACCAAAAGUUCCUUAAUAACGAUGACUUUGAAGUCCAGCUGUGGAACAACUACUUCCACUUGGCUGUGGCGUUUAUUACACAGGAGUCUUUGCAGCUUCAGCACUUCUCGCCAACCAAGAGGAACAAGAUUCUGGUCAAAUAUGGUGACAUGAGAAGGCUCAUUGGCUUUGCAAUACGUGACAUCUGGUACAAACUAGGUAGUCAUAAAAUCUGCUUUAUUCCUGGAAUGGUGGGUCCCAUCCUUGAGAUGACUUUAAUUCCGGAUGAAGAGUUGAGAAGAGCCACUAUUCCCAUCUUUUUUGACAUGAUCACCUGUGAACAUACACAAUUUGGGAACUUCCAGAAGUUUGAGAAUGAGAUCAUUCUGAAGUUGGACCAUGAGGUGGAGGGUGGAGGAGGAGAUGAGCAAUACAUGCAGCUUCUUGAGACCAUCUUGCUGGACUGCUCUGCUGAAAGGCCCAUGCUGAAGCCACAGGUGCAGCACUUUGUCUCCUUGGUGAAGGGUCUCCUCGUUCGUCUCCUUGACUACCGCACUGUCAUGGGGGAUGACAGUCGCAACAAUCGCAUGAGCUGCACUGUCAAUCUUUUGAACUUCUACAAAGACAUCAAUCGGGAAGGAAUGUAUAUCAGGUACCUGUACAAACUGAGAGACCUUCACUUGGAAGGAGAGAACUACACAGAAGCAGCAUAUACCCUGCUGCUCCACUCUCGCCUGCUCAAGUGGUCAGAUGACAUGUGCAGUCCUCAGUUUGAGUUCCAUGGCUCCCAAACGCAGCGCCAGCUCAAAGAAACUCUCUACGACACCAUCAUUGACUACUUUGACAAGGGCAAGAUGUGGGAGGAAGCCAUCACUCUUUGCAAGGAACUGGCAGAACAAUAUGAAAAUGAGAUCUUUGACUACGAGUUACUCAGCAAAAGACUGGAAAAACAAGCCAAGUUCUAUGAGAAUAUCAUGAAGAUAUUGAGGCCGAAGCCAGACUAUUUUGCAGUGGGAUUCUAUGGACAAGGAUACCCACCAUUCCUUAGGAACAAAGUGUUUAUCCACCGUGGUAAAGAGUAUGAGCGCAGAGAGGACUUUCAGAAUCAUCUCAUGAGCCAAUUUCCCAGUGCUGUGCGCCUCAACACCACAACCAUGCCGGGGGAUGAAUACAAAAACUCCCCCCUGCAAUACAUCCAGUGUUUUACUGUGCAGCCUGUCCUGGAAAUCCCUCCUCGUUUGAAGAACAAACCUGUGCCCGACCAGAUCAUCAACUUCUACAAAUCCAACUAUGUGCAGCGUUUUCAUUACUCCAGACCUGUGAGGAAGGGACCUGUGGAUCCGGACAAUGAGUUUGCUUCAAUGUGGAUUGAGCGCACAACCUUCACCACUGUGUAUAAACUGCCGGGGAUUCUGCGCUGGUUUGAGGCUACAGAUUUGAAACAUACUACCUUGUCUCCACUGGAAAACGCCAUAGAGACCAUGGAGUCAACCAAUGAGAAAAUUCUCAACAUGAUUAACCAAUACCAGGCAGACUGGAGUCUUCCCAUCAACCCCCUCUCCAUGCUGCUUAAUGGCAUUGUGGACCCAGCUGUCAUGGGUGGCUUCGCCAAGUAUGAAAAGGCAUUCUUCACAGAGGAGUACUCUCAGCAGCACCCAGAUGACAGAGACAAGCUGCUGCGCCUCACAGACCUCAUUGCAUGGCAGAUUCCAUUGCUUGGUGGAGGAAUAGCCCUCCAUGGAAAAAGGGUGACAGAUGACCUUAGACCUUUCCAUGAACGCAUGGAGGAGUGUUUCAAACAGCUGAAGAAGAAAGUGGAGAAAGAGUAUGGAGUGCGGGAAUUGCCGGACCUUGAUGAGAGAAAAUCCACUCGUCCUCGUUCCAUGCUUCGCUCAUUUCGACAGUCCGUCAUCUCAAUUUCCUCACUGCAGGGAUCUGAAUGUGGGACUCCAACCAAGCCCCAUGCUGACAGGGAGCCUGAAUCACCAAACCACUGGAGCUCCACCUUGCCACGUUCCAGUGGCAGUGUGAGCAUGACCACAGUGGAUGAGGAGGUGGUGAUGGUGGGUGAUUCCGAGGUCAAAAUGAGGAAAAGCAAGAAGAAGAAAAAAAGAAGCAGCAUGAUCUUCAUCUCUGAGGAGAAAGAAGGAACAAGUACACUGCUUAGCAAACGUCUGUCAAAGAAACAGGAGUUUCGUAGCGACACCAACUUGUCUGAGCCAAAUGAUGUCAAUGUGCUGCUGACGAAUGCCAACUCCAGAUCCCUGCCAGCCAUUACAGGGAUGGCCUUGUCAGUGGCUGGUGGGGCAGAAGAAGCAGAUUCCCCCAGAGCUCAGAGGGACAGUAAAAGCAUGUCGGCCUUUGUGACCUCUGAUCGUACAGCAGACAGACGCUCAAAAGGCGUCAUUAACCUGCUCUUCAAAUCCAAGAGUUCCAAGUCAGAAGAUGCAAAGGCCAGUGAAUCAGCCAAAGACAGCCACAAUCACUUCUAAGUUUCAUGUCUGAUUUGCAUUUUUUUUUUUUACUUAUUUCUUUACCCUUAUUUUGCUAUACAUGUGGCAUCUGUUGAUAUGGCUAUAAUAAUGGAGUCAGUUAUUCAAUCUUUCUGUUAGUUUCAGUAUUGCUGUUUCCUUAGUGGAAUUGAUUUUGCUCAUCAAUAAAGCCUAUUUUUGUGAAGUGAC